AUGGCUUCCUUGGCACUCCAGGCUUUUGGCCUCGCCGAUCCAGACACCGGCAGUCCCAGUGGUUUUCCCCUUGUGAAACUCCCAAGAGAGAUCAUCAUUGAGAUUGCAAAGAUGCUGGAGGCCGAUCCGGAUGCCAAAGUCUCACCGCUGUCGCUUGUCAACCGAACUUUGCGGGACCUUAGUAUUCCUAGUCUGUUUCGGACAAUGCAGCUCACCACAGCCGAAGACGAACUUCUCAGACACAUGGAUAAUAUUCAUGGCAAAAGAACAAUUCUGGACUCUGUGUAUGUCCUGGGUAUCUACAGUGAGGGUUCUUCAACCCUUCGCACACCCUAUCAGAACGUCUUCCUGGGCUACGGCGAGAACUGCAAGAGAGGAACUGCAGCCGUACUUGCCGACUUGCUCUUCGACCUACCCAACUUGCGGGAUCUCCGGCUGGACUUGCGCUUCAGAGCCAACGCUAGCCUGAUUGGACCCUUGCGAAGAACUUUCAAACAGCAGUAUAUGCAGUUCCCUCUCGUGACGGCACUCACUUUUCCGAUGAAGACUGACAUCAAGUUCAUUCCGGACGUCUUCCCUAACCUGCGCGCCCUCAGCCUGGAGCUUCACAAGGCUCCCGAUCAGACCCCGGACGUUGUGUACAUCUCGCAGCAUAUCGAGCUUGAGUAUCUGGAGCUUUGGAAGGCUCGCUGGGAUUAUUCCGACUUGGCCAGUAUCCCGACUCUCUUCCGCAAUGUCAAGCAUCUGACCAUUGGUGGCAUGAUGGGGUUUGGAAGUACCCAUGGAAACCUGCGUUCAAUCUCGGGUGUUGGCAUCAUGCUUCGACAGAUGACUAAUCUCAAAGUCCUCGCCAUCUCGAAUGAGAGCUUCUACAACCACCGGACCAGGAACGUCAAGGCCUUUGACAGAAGCUGCAGGAUUCGUGACAAACUGGAGAGUUCAGUUGGUUGGACUGCUCGCAGGGGUGAGAGGUUGGACGAUGCCUAUAAGCUCUUUGACACUCUGCCGAAUCUUGAGGUGGUCUACAUCAUGGAUCGGUACUACAAUGCACACUGCUUUGUGCCUGUCAAGAACAAGGCUGGUCGUGCGAUUGAUGCUCAAGUUGCUAAUGAACAGGAGACAGCUUGGCCGGUUGUAUGA